CGAUAGUCGAUUUUUAUAUCCCUGUGCGGGUGAUGAUUUCUUAUUGGGUUUUUCUUCAUUCCUCUGAAUAAUAGUUUAUGUAAUUUUCUUUUCCUUUAAAUUGGCAAAUAAAAAUAUUAAAAUAAAAUGUCUGUUGCCGAACUGUGAAUAUUACGGAUGAGCAAACCUUUACAGGCCUAGUUCAUAGCAAAUAAAAAUAAGCCGCAUCAGAAAUAGUUAUAAUCCAAUAGAACAAAAACCACAACAACAACAACAUAAAUCAUAAUGGUCUCCUCCUCAACCUUAGUCGGCACAUCACAACGAAAAAAUGUACGCAUAUUAUUGGUUGGCGAUCCUGGAGUUGGCAAAACAUCCCUUAUCCUUUCGUUAGUGAGUGAAGAAUUUCCCGAAGAUGUUCCACCCAAAGCGGAAGAGAUUACCAUACCGGCAAAUGUUACACCCGAACAGGUGCCCACCAACAUUGUCGACUAUUCGCAUAUUGAACAGUCCGAUGAAACUCUAAAUGAAGAAAUCUUAAAAUCCCAUGUCGUUUGCAUUGUCUAUGCCGUGGAUGAUGAUGACACCCUUGAUCGUAUUACUUCCCAUUGGCUGCCAUUGAUACGUAAGGCCGUUGGUGAAGAUCAGCCCAAGAAACCAGUUGUUUUGGUUGGCAACAAAGUGGAUCUGAUUGAAUACUCCACCAUUAAUAGUGUUCUCAGUAUAAUGGAAGAAUUUCCCGAAGUUGAAAGCUGUGUAGAAUGUUCUGCCAAAACCUUACACAAUAUAUCGGAAAUGUUUUACUAUGCACAAAAAGCUGUAUUGCAUCCAACAUCACCAUUGUAUAUUAUGGAUGAGCAAGACCUUACUCCUGCUUGCAAGAAAUCUCUAGUUCGCAUAUUCAAAAUAUGUGAUAUUGAUGGCGAUAAUCUUCUUAAUGACUAUGAGUUGAAUUUGUUUCAAAGACGGUGCUUUAAUACUCCACUCCAACCACAGAUUCUAGACGAAGUGAAAUCAGUUAUACAAAAGAAUAUACCCGAUGGAAUCUACAACGAUUCGGUAACAUUAAAAGGAUUUCUAUUUCUUCAUUGUCUUUUCAUACAACGGGGUCGCAAUGAAACCACUUGGGCUGUACUUCGUCGCUUUGGCUACAAUGAACAACUGGAAAUGAGCAAAGACUAUUUGAAACCGGCACUGAAAAUACCACCCGGCAGCAGUACUGAACUAUCGCACAGGGGCCAGCAAUUCUUAACGGCAUUAUUUGAACGUUAUGACAAAGAUUGUGAUGGUGCUCUCUCACCGGAAGAACAUAAAAUGUUAUUUAGUACAUGUCCUCAGGCUCCAUGGUCAUAUUCAACAGAUAUACGUAAAUCGUGUACGGUAAAUGAAAAAGGCUGGGUCACAUUAAAUGGUUGGAUUAGUCGCUGGGCUUUAAUGACCCUAAUAGAUGUUAACAAAACCAUGGAAUAUUUGGCUUAUAUGGGUUUUAAUGUUCACGAAAAUGAUACACAAUUGGCAGCUAUACACGUGACGCGUGAACGGCGAAUUGAUUUGGCCAAACGCCAGAGCAGUCGUUCAGUGUAUAUGUGUCAUGUUAUUGGACCAAAGGGAUCAGGGAAAACCGGCAUGUGUCGGGGUUUUCUACUCAAUGAUGAUACCAAAUCAUUGAUUGGCAAAGAGUUUAGAACGAAUGUUACACAUUGUAUUAAUACUGUACAGGUUUACGGCCAGGAGAAACACUUAAUUUUACGUGACAUUGAUGUCAAACAUGCCCUCGACCCUCUACAACCCCAAGAAAUCAAUUGUGAUGUGGCCUGUCUAGUAUAUGACUCCUCAAAUCCUCGUUCAUUUGAAUAUAUUGCACGCAUUUAUAUAAAAUACUAUGCUGAAAGUAAAAUUCCAGUUAUGAUAGUUGGAACCAAAUGUGAUUUGGAUGAACGUCGCCAAGACUAUCUGUUGCAGCCAGAUGAAUUUUGUCAAAAAUAUAAACUAUUGCCACCGCAUCGUUUCAGCCUGAAGAAUAACAAAAAGGAAUUAUAUGUAAAACUGGCUACCAUGGCGGCAUUUCCACGCUUUCAAGCCGCAUGGAUAUUAUUUUACAAGCACAGGUUGGUACAGCUGUGGGAAUCGGCCCAUUUACGUCAAUUCGGUCUCAUGACUGAGGAUCCCACAUUAUGGUGGAAAGCUGGUCUGGGUGUAGCUGCUGCCACAGUCUUGGGUUUUGUGGUCCUGAAGGCUGUACACGGUCUGACAUCGCCAACACGUUAAAACACAAAUCCAGUCAAAACGAACACAAGAGGAGCAUUCUAUUGUCUAUUAUCUUUAAGAAAUCCUUUAAACUUAAAUCCCUUGUGUUUGUUGCAAGUGUGUAUAUAUUUAAAAAAAGCAAAUAUUGAUAUUUAAAAUCUUAGAAACUGCAAAAGAAAACAAACCACAUCAAAUUUAGUUUUUAAACUCAAGGAUCAAGCAAUGGCUAUUUUGCAAAAAAAUAACACAAACAUUAACGACGACGUUUCCAUUUAAGCAGUGCGGAAAUGGAUGGAUGGAAGAAUGGAUUGUUGCAAUCCCUAAAGCCACUACCAAUAUUUUAUUUUUAAAAUAAAAACCCCAAAACAAAAAAUUCACAAAUAAAAUGAGAGCAACAUGAAAAUCAUUGCAUACAAAUCAUAUACAUAUAUAUAUAUUUUUAUAUUACAAUAACAAACUCUACAUAAUUCUAAAACAAAGGAAAUCUAAAACAAAAACCAAAACUCAAACAUAUUAUGUUGUAUAUAUAACUAUACAUAGAUUAUUUUGUGAAAACCACCUUGUAGCUUCCUUUCUAAUAUCAAAAUUAGAUGCAUACUCCGUGUCAUUCAGAAAAUAAAUAUCCAAAAAUGAUUUAAUAUUUUUCUCUUUCAACUAACAUUUCUCCCAACACAUAGUG